AUGGUGCUACGUUGGAUUAUUGUGCUUUGGUGUGGUUCGUGGGCUGCCUACGGUUUCCUAGACAAUCGCGUACUUAGCAGCCUGACGGAGAUGAUAUCGGAAAUGAAGGACAUCGACUAUGGCAAUCCGCAGCUCCGGAAGGUGUACGAUUACGUGAUUGUGGGUGCCGGUCCGGCUGGAUGCGUACUGGCCAAUCGGUUGUCCGAAGACCCCUCAGUGUCCGUGUUGAUUUUGGAGCUGGGACGCGGCGAACGGCCAGCCUUUGCCGAACCACCAAUGCUUGGCCCGAUGCUGAUGGGGUCGGACUAUAGCUUCGGGUAUGAAACGGCACGCCAGAAGUACGGAUGUCUGGGGCUGACGGAUCAAAAGUGUAGCUGGACGCAUGGGCGAGGUGUCGGAGGAUCGUCCAUCAUCAACAACAUCAUUUACACGCGCGGCAAUCGACGUGACUUCGAUAAAUGGGCACGUGCCGGUAUGGAGGGCUGGAGUUGGGAGGAGGUGCUGCCGUACUACAGGAAAAUAGAGCGGGCCAAUAUUAAAGACUUCGAUCAGAACGGUGCGCACGGCAAGACGGGGCGCGUGUCCGUGGAGGAUUGUCCGUUCCGAUCGGAGGUCGCGAAUGCGUUCGUGGCGGGUGCAGCGGAAACAGGCUACCCGUACUUGGACUACAACGCAGGAGAUACGCUGGGGGUGUCGUAUCUGCAGGCGCACUCAAAGCGGGGCCACCGGGUGACGGCAGGUACGGCCUAUCUGAAGGACAUUCGUCAUCGACCAAAUCUGCACAUAUCGACACGAUCUUGGGCGACGGAAAUUCUCUUCAAGGAAGACAACAGGGAGGCAAGCGGAAUCAGGUUUACCAAGAACAAGCGAUGGCACACGGUACGAGCGAGAAAGGAGGUCAUCCUAUCAGCUGGAGCGUUCGAAACACCGAAACUUCUGAUGAACUCUGGUAUUGGUCCAACGGCCGAAUUGAAACGGCAUGGAAUUCGCGUCGUGCAGGAUCUCCCGGUGGGUCGCCGUGUCUACGAACAUGGCGGUGUGUUUGGACCAGUGUUUAUAAUGCGCAAUGGAUCUCGCAAUGAGCAGAAUCUGCUUAGCCUGGAGCAGGUUCUUACGGUGGACGAGAUACUUCGCUUCCGCAACGGAGAAGGACCACUGACGUCGAACUCCAUCGAAAGUUUGCUGUACGUGAAGUCUCCCUACGCUGCUGAUCCUGACCCGGGAAUGCCGGACGUGGAGGUUAUGCAAUCGUUCGUCUCGAUGAGCUUCGAUUCCUCGAUCGCGACACGCAUUGCGUACCGUUUGCCUGAGGCGCUCGUACGCGAUUACUACGACCCUCUGAUUGGGGUGCGUAACUUUAUGUUUUUGCCGAUGCUGCUGAAGCCACACACGGUUGGCAGGGUGGAGUUGAAGUCACGCAAUCCCUUCCACCAUCCCCUGUUCCAGUACCAAUACUUCGAGGACGAACGUGACGUGGAGGCGUUGGUGUACUCGAUCAAGGAGGUGUUGAGGAUCGCACAGUCGGAACCGAUGCAGCGCUUGGGGAUUGAGCUGUACAAUCGACCAGUUCCCGGCUGCCAGCAUCUCGCCUUCAACACAGACGACUACUGGCGUUGCCAUGUGCGCAUCUUAACGACCACAUUCCAGCAUCAAGUGGCCACCAGUCGGAUGGGACCGGUAGGCGAUCCGGACGCCGUCGUCGAUCCUCGGUUGCGCGUUCGUGGAAUUCGGCGGCUGCGUGUAGUGGACGCGGGCAUCAUACCAGAACCCCCGUCAGCUCAUACGUGUGCAAUGAGUUAUCUGAUUGGCGAAAAGGCAGCCGAUAUGAUUAGGGAAGAUAAUCCGUAG